AUGCCGCCGCCCGCGCCACACGGCCGCCCGCUCGCGCUCGGCGCCGGGCCGCCCGGGAGCGCGGAGGCGGCGGCCGCGUCCCCGCCCCUCGGUCAGAUUCGCGCCGCCGGGUCCGCUCGUUCUCGGCGAACUUCCUCAGGGCGGAGUGGAGCAGCGGGCGAGGGGCGCCGCCACCCGCGGGGCCCCGGGAGGCUGAGGCCCAGGCUUGCGCGGCUACAGGCGCCCCCGCCCCGGCCCCAUGGGCGCCGUGAGCCGCCUCCGACUUCCACAGGCCGGCUCGCCUCACACACUCGCCCGCGACGCUGCCACUCUCCCGCCGCGCGCAGCCGCUACCCACAAGCCCCUCCGCGCGCGCGCCCUGUCCCGCCCUCGCCGGCUGGGCUCGCGACCGAGGCUUCCGCUCCUCCAGCCUUCCGGCGCUCCGCGCGCGCCCGGACGCCCCGCCUCCCCGCACUCCGCGCGCGCCCGGACGCCCGGCCUCCCAGCGCUCCGCGCGCGCCCGGACGCCCGGCCUCCCAGCACUCCGCGCGCGCCUGGACGCCCGCCCCGCCUCCCCGCACUCCGCGCGCGCCUCGGACGCCCCGCGGUGCUCGGUCCGUUGCUGCGGUCCACGCUUCCUAUCCUUUUUCACUUUUUCUCUCUUCUGCUAUGCUCCGUUUUCGUCAUUUCUUGCACCUUCUUCGUCCCCCGCUUCCUCCUCCUCCUUUCUUGGGCUCCAGGUCAAGUAGCCGGGCCCGGGCUGUCUCCUCCCCUCAGGUCCCCUCCCGCCGCCCCGCUGCGGCCGCACCCGUCGCCCACCCCUGGAGCCCCCGAGGCCAUUGGCGACGGGCCGGGGUGGGCUCCGCGCGAGCCACGCAGCGCUCCGGGCCUGCCGGGCCACCGGGAGGGGACCGCAGGGCUGGGAGGGGCGGGGGCGCCGGGUCUUGGGACAGCCCCGGAGGUGCGGAGGGGCCUGGAAGGGUUGCUUCCGCACCCGGAGCAACAGGGCCCGUCUCUGACAGUCGGUCGCCCAGCUCGAGCCUAAACAUUGACCACGAAGAGAACAGGAGAGCCACAGAAAGAUGUUUUCCCUCUCCAGCCCUUCACGGGGUCCUUGCCUUUUGGGAGACGGAAUGGGCUCCCCCAUAUUCCUACCCCGCCGUGGCCCGUGCCCAUUGGUCGGAUCCGCCCAGGACGCAAUCUGAAAAAUAUGUACCAAGAACUGUAAAACUGUUGAAAGAAUCCCUUUGACCCAUUUAAGGAAGUACAUUUCUAAGGAAAUGAUGGGGGCGGGAGGACUGGCAUGAAGAUGCAAUAACAGGGCUAUUCCGUAUGUUUAUGUUCCCAUUGACCAAAACCUGGGAAUGGGCCCAAAGGUCCAAAAUUGGGGAAUAAUCCAAAGAAGCUCUGUCGCAUUAACAGAAAACAAUCCUGGCAGAUAGGCAGACCGUGUCAAACACGUAAAAUUUUGGCAAGUGCAUGAAAAGGUGUAUUGGAAAUAAGUGAAACAGAAAAUACUAAAUAGUCUGUGCAUCCUAAUUACAACUAUGUUAAAAUGGAGAUCCAUAAGAAUGGGGGAAUACAGAAUGCAGUUGCUUUUAAGUUGAUGGGAUUUUUUCUCUCUAAAGACGAGACUAAAUAUACUAUAAUAUUUCAAAAGUUAAAUUGUACGAAUGUAGAUGGGCCACUCCAAAGAAGCCUACACUCUGAUAUCAAUUAGGUGGUUAAGGUUCUUAAGAACCUUUCUCACCGUCUUGUCAGAGGUAAGCCGACAGAUCUGCAAUUUAGUUCUAAAGCCAUAGCCUUGUGAAAGUCACAUUUUAUUCAGUAAGUGUGCUGGGAAUCCCUUCUUUGGUUCUGUGUUAAAGCCACCCUCUCUGGACUUAAGCAAGAAGAGGCCCUGGAUGAUCCAGUACAACUUUUUCAUGUCAGAUAAGAACACUGACUUCUGACAAAAAGAAUUCUUGGAAGCAGCCCCUAAAAGCACCUGGCCACACAGACACUUCUUCUGAUCACCACUGGGAAGAGGGCCCAUCUCCCUCCAUCACCUGAAGCAGCAGAGACAACGAGGAAAAGAGAGCUUGGCCGCAGGGACCCGGUGCACGCUCAGCACCCCCAUCUCUCAGCCACACGACCUGGACGGGUGCGUAGACUUCCUGAACUCCACCUCCUCGUCCGUGGAAGCCGUGCCUCAGCAUUGACUCAGUAUUAAACCAGGACAGUGUAAGUCUGCUGGCACCAUCUUUUACAACCUGCUCUAGUCCCCUGCUCGGGUUCUGGGCAAGGAAGAGGAGAGAACAGAAGGUACCAAGGAUGACCCCCAGUUCUCACUGGGCUUCAUCAAUGAAGUUGCAAAGACUGAUUACUGCAUCUAUAUGUGGGAAGAUUUAUAAAAAUGGAUGGGUUAAAAAACCAGAAGCAAGUGGUAAGAUAGACCUUUGAAAUUCUUUGGCCCUUUUCCAGGAAAAAGAAGAAAGAAAUAUAUUGUGGCAUCUACUCUGCAGCUCAGUUAGAGCUUCAGUCUUCAAGUCUUUCCAUUUCUUAUUAACAGUCUCAUUGACAAUGCUUAAACAGGGGCCGACCUUACACAUGUCAUUAUUUGCUGUAGCCCAACAGGACCCAUAAGAGAAGACCAUUGAAACCUCAAUGUUUACCACCUCUAUUGCAGAGAAAGUAUGAGCCACAGUUUGAGGGAAAAGGGGGAAGUCGGCUCUCACCAGGCCCUUCACAACCUUUAGGGAAAUAGUGCUGGGACUUUGCAACCCGGAGCUGAAAGGAGCUCAGCAGAACAGACACCUGCAUCAGGCCAUUAGCACCUGUUUGCAUAAUGUUCUUGGAAGCAGUGUGAAUUCCCAGCGCUUCAGAGGCAUCAGCGGUCAAACACAAUCCGCACUAUCCUCCCAAGACAACAUCACAGUGACUUGGGGGUCAGUGCAUCCGCAAUCCCUUCCAGAGCUUCAGAUGACAAUCUCAGUGGCUGCAGCACCCUUUAGUGCAACUCAGAGUGGAGCUCUUAGUUAACCCACAAAAUGGAGCAAACGUUCACUGUGCAUCAGGGACCCUGGCUGGCACUGAGGGGAACUUGGAGACAAUCAGGCAAGGUUGCCGACCUCAGGAUUUGGGAAGGGAAAUGAGACAUACAGGUGGGGCCUGGCGAGGAGUAAGCAGUCAGCUCAUUUAUCACCUGAUUGUGGACGGACUGACGGGUGAACUUAAAGACAUAAAUAAAAGUAACCUGCACAGUAGGGAAGACAGUCAGGGUUUGCAGUCCGCUUUCCAGCCAGAACCCAGGGCUGACCUCCACCACGGCCUCUUUGGGGCUCCCUAGCCAGUUGCCUUCUGCUUGGGCUCAGAAAAAGGAAUACCUUGAAAACACCAUGGAAAGAGGACGGGGUUUCCUUCCUUCUGUUCCUGGCUUGCCUCUGGCUGUUAACUCUCCACCUAUGGCUCCCGACAGGCUGCGUCCCGGUCCUCACUGGUCUCCAGGGACACCCGUGUCUUCCCCUUGCCUUUUUGGCUCUAGAGGUGGUAAAACUUCUUUCUGCUGCUGUUGGGGUGCCCCAGCAGUCUCUGUCUUCCUCUGAAGGAACUAUGGAAAGAAUUGUUUCAUGAAAACCACACGGGUCAAUUCUGUUUCCUGCUGAGACCAACGAAUUCAGUAACUAGAGCAAGUUGCAGAACCUCUCAGUUUCCUCAACUACUAAAUGGAAAUAAUAGUACUUAGUAUCUGGCACAGUGCCUGGAACCUUGGCCAUCAGUAAAUGCUGGCUGCUCGAGGGAAUGAACGAAUGAAUGUGUAUGAAGACUAAUGAAAUGCAUGAAAGUA